AUGCCUACAGGAGCCCUUCCGUCCGCCGGUCCCGGCACCCCUCCGCUCGCUGCGCCCUGGGCAGGCACCCCCAGCAUCAAGGGCUCUUCCGAGUCCGCCCGCAUGGCCUACCUUACAGCGUCGCUCAUUGGCAUCCAGUUCACCUGGGGCAUUGAAAUGACCUACUGCACUCCCUACCUCCUUGCGCUCGGCCUGGCCAAAAGCACCGUCUCGCUCGUAUGGAUCGCCGGGCCCCUGUCCGGUCUCGUAAUGCAGCCCAUAGUCGGGAUAAUCGCGGACAGGAGCAAGUCGCGGUGGGGGAGGAGGAGGCCGUUCAUGGUGGGCGGCGCGUUCGUCGUGUCCCUCGCGUUGCUGGCCAUGGGCUGGGCCACCGAGAUUGCCGCGUUCUUCAUUGCCGAGGGCGAGACGAGAAAGAAUGCGACGGUUGUGCUGGCCGUGGCGUGCAUCUAUGUCAUUGACUUCGCCAUCAAUGCCGUGCAAGCGUCAAGUAGAAGUCUGAUCGUGGACACGCUGCCUAUCCCAAAGCAGCAGAUCGGCUCUGCCUGGGCUAGUCGGAUGGUCGCCGUCGGCGCCCUGGUGGGCUACGCCGCUGGGGCCAUUGACCUGGGGAGUAUCUUCGGCACUCUGAUUGGCGAUUCGCAGUUCAAACAGCUCACAGUAGUAGCUGCAGUAGUGCUGUGCUUGUGCGUCGGCAUUACCUCGUGGGCUGUGCAGGAAAAGGUCCUUCAGGACGAUGGCAAGGAGCCCGAGAGCAUUGGCGCGAUAGAUAUAUUCACCCAGAUUCUAAAGACAGCUACCAACCUGCCACCCCGCAUCGCAGCCAUCUGCUGGGUCCAGUUCUGGGCGUGGAUUGGCUGGUUUCCCUUUUUGUUCUACAGCACGACCUGGGUCGGGGAGAUCUGGAUUCGCUACGAUGCGCCGGUGGAUGCCCGCUCAUCCGAGGAUACACUUGGCCAGAUCGGCCGGGUGGGGAGCCUCUCGUUGAUCGUGUUCUCCAUCAUCACCUUCGUCGGGUCCAUCGUGCUGCCGUGGCUGGUGAAAAAGCCCGACGACGAGAAGCCAGAAUUCACGCCGCGGCCGCCGGCCGGGCUGGCGUCGGUGGUGGAGCAGGUCGAGAAAAACAAGCCGUCGCUCCUGACGGCGUGGACGCUGUCGCACCUCGUCUUCACCUUUUCCAUGCUGCUGGCGCCGUUUGCUGACUCUUUUCGCUUUGCGACGACGAUCGUCGCGAUCUGCGGGAUACCGUGGGCAAUUACGUGCUGGGCUCCAUUUACUUUCAUGGGCGUUGAGAUCAACCGGCUAGGAUCAUCCGCAUCAGCCAACGGGUACAGGCGCGUGUCGAACAGUGCCAUCGAGAUGGGGUCCACCGGGGCGCAUGGAGAAGCGCGGGUCGAGAGUGGCGAGGUGUCGGGCGUCUAUCUCGGCAUUCUGAACCUCUACACGACGUUGCCACAGUUUGUGGGCACUUUCAUCAGCUGGGCUGUCUUUUCGCUGCUCGAGCCAGGCAAGAGUCCAGAAUUGGCCAAGGAGGCCCAUCCGGCCGAGACACAUCCUACAGACGGACCGAAUGCAAUCGCCGUGUGUUUGUUUAUCGGGGCUCUGUCUGCGGCAGGGGCCGCCUACGCAACCAGCAGGCUGCGGUACAUCGAGUAG